GUUGCAGCAGUCGUGUCAAAGUUCACUAUAUAGAGAGCUCAGUGAGCUGAUCAGAGAGAAAGCAUUCUGCCAGCCCGGCUCCUACCAAUCGCAAAUCACUUCCUAACCUCCGCCUUUUUAACAUAUUUGAUCACUUUGAUUCUCUACUCCUUUUUCCUAUUAUUUUUCAGUGCACGGAGGAGGUUUGUAGGUUGUGAUCUUUGUUUUUUUGUUUUUUUGUUUUUUGGUGCUUUCGCUUUUUUUGGGGGAAGAGUUGUCUUCAUAUUCCAGGCUCUCCAAAAAAACAUUGGCUUCAGCUGCGCGCUUGCUGGCGCUACCUCACAAGAAGAAAAGGAAGAAGACGCAUUUUUUUUUACCCAGUUGGUGAUUUUCUUCAAGACUUGUGCUGGAACUUGAUAGUAGCUGCUACAGUGUGCUCACCAAUUGUUUUCUGCUGCUGCAGGCACGGUCUCACCAACCCUGCUCCAUCAUUCACUGAAUAGUCCAUGCUACCUCGGUUGAUUAUUUUUAAUAUUUAGCCUACAUUUCCCAUUGAUGGGUGUACUGGAUGGCUGACUGUAAGCGCCCCUGGACUUGGCCUUUAAGCGCAAGGCAGCGACUCAGCUCGCCAUCGCAUCAGUUUUGAAAACGUGCUUCGCAACGUCUCCAAGAGCAAUAAAUCGACAGUUUUCGGGAGAUUCUGAGUGGAUUCAACGUAGGCUAGAUUUGACAUUUUGUGUGUCCGGCUGUUAAUCACAGUUUACCGCGUUUCCUUGAGACAUUCUCCACCGCGACACCAAAACGGCAGACAAAAAGUUUCUUUACGUUGACUGAUAGAUAUGGCAAUGGUAGUGUGGAGAGGCUCCCAGGACGAUGUGGCUGACACCCAAGGCACCCUUUCCUCGCAAACCCAAGGAGGACUAUCUCUUCCCACCCCUCAACCAGGCCAGUUGAAUCUGACAGCCUCUCAGGUCGCCCCUCCGACCCCUCAGACUCCGGUCCAAGGACCCCCGAACAACACACAGUCCACGCCGACGAACCAGACGACGCAGCAGUCGGAGAAACAGCCACAGCACAUUGAAUGUGUGGUCUGUGGGGAUAAAUCCAGUGGCAAACACUAUGGCCAGUUUACUUGCGAGGGGUGCAAAAGCUUCUUCAAACGGAGCGUACGACGGAACCUCACUUACACAUGCCGUGCCAACAGGAAUUGUCCAAUCGACCAACACCACCGCAAUCAGUGUCAGUACUGCCGCCUCAAAAAAUGCCUCAAAGUCGGCAUGAGACGGGAAGUUUCUCUUUUUACUGCAGCCGUGCAAAGGGGACGGGUGCCACCCACACAGCCACACCACGGUCAGUUCGCCUUGACAAAUGGAGACCCACUGCACUGCCAUUCCUACUUAUCCGGAUAUAUCUCUCUUCUGUUGAGAGCGGAGCCCUACCCGACGUCCCGGUAUGGCAGUCAGUGCAUGCAACCCAACAACAUAAUGGGCAUCGAGAACAUUUGUGAACUAGCAGCCAGGAUGCUCUUCAGCGCCGUGGAGUGGGCCAGGAAUAUUCCCUUCUUUCCAGACCUUCAGAUCACAGACCAGGUGGCUCUGCUGAGGUUGACGUGGAGUGAGUUAUUUGUGCUCAACGCGGCGCAGUGCUCCAUGCCCCUGCAUGUGGCUCCUCUCCUGGCGGCGGCUGGCCUUCACGCCUCCCCCAUGUCCGCGGACAGAGUGGUGGCCUUUAUGGACCACAUUAGGAUCUUUCAAGAACAAGUGGAAAAGCUCAAAGCUUUGCACGUUGACUCUGCUGAAUAUAGCUGCUUAAAGGCAAUUGUGCUCUUCACCACAGAUGCUUGUGGCCUCUCAGAUGUGGCCCAUGUGGAAAGUUUGCAGGAGAAGUCCCAGUGCGCCCUGGAGGAAUAUGUCCGGAGCCAGUAUCCCAACCAGCCAACACGGUUUGGGAAGUUGUUACUCCGCUUGCCUUCCCUCCGCACAGUCUCUUCCUCGGUCAUAGAACAAUUAUUUUUCGUCCGAUUGGUAGGUAAAACCCCAAUUGAAACUCUCAUCAGGGAUAUGUUGCUUUCGGGGAGCAGUUUUAACUGGCCUUACAUGUCAAUUCAGUAAACCAAGAAGGAGACGAACAAACAAAAGGUGGGGUUGGGGUGGGGGGGGAGGCUGCGAGACUACAAUGAUUAUAGCUGCUUUUGUGGAAGGAAUAAAAAACCCAACCGGCUGUUACACGGGGCUGGCUUUCAUGAAGAAAGACAUUGACGUAAAUGACUGUGAAUUCCCCCCCUACUCCAAAAAAAAAAAAAAAAAAAAAUUGAGACAUCCACUGAACUUUCAAAAUGGCAGAUACAAGCUCCCAGUGUUCAUGCAGAACAACCUGCUUCGAUUCAUUUUUUUUUUUUAAUGAAAGAAGAAAAUGAGGACAAAAAAAGGAAAAGGGAUUUUGUUGAUCCUUAUGAGGAAAAAUUUAAGUAUUAAGUGCAUUUAAAAAUGAUAAUUUGGGUAAAAGGAAAAAAAAACAAACUGGAGAAAGGGAAAAAAAACGUGAAUUUUUUUUUUCUUUUCUCAAAUGAACUUGUCCUGUGUCCAUGUAUAGCUGUGUUUUGUACUUUCUUUGUUCCUCCUUUCUGGUUCCAAACCGGCCUAUGUGAUUUCUGUAGUACAGGUGGUGUUAAUUUUCUAAGACAAUGAUUUAUUUUGAAAAAAGGUGUAAAAAAAUAAAAAAACAAAAUAAAAAAAAAAGUUCUAAAAAGAAUUAAAACCACAGCAAUAGGAGUAUAGGCUUAUAAUCUAGGCUUAAUGCUGCAAGCGCACUUAUAUUCUUUAGGAUGACCAAUACCAUCAUGGGAAAAGGGAGUUUUUUACUUUUUUUUUUUUUGGAGUUCAUGUUCAACUUUAUGACCCAGCGGAAACAUUUUUAGCUCUUUAUUAAUAUGAAGUUUCAUUAUUAUUUUUUUCCAAAUUAUUUGCCAAAAAAGUAUUCCCCAUUUUCAUCCAGCUUUGAAUAUUUGGCAUCACUUCCCCCCAAUUGGAUACAAUUUAAAAAAAAAAAAAAAAAAAAAAAUCCUACAAGUUGCUGUAGCUGCUGUAAGAAAAGUAUUUGAGACAGGUUGCUCUUAAUGCUUUAUAUGUGCAUUUAAGGGGCACUGGAAGCAUAACUGACUUGUGAUUAAAAAAGAUUCGGAGAGGUCAAGGGUCAUAAAAGUUUGAAGCCUAGCCAGAGUAGUGUUUAAUAGCAGUAUUAUUAAAGCGUCCCUGAAAUGUCACCCUUUAUUCACUUCAAGCAUUAAGUGCCUGACAAGCAUGAUGUGAUUCCUUAUCAAAACGUUGUUAAAGUAGGCCUACAACAUUUUGGGGGGAAACACGAUUAGAUUUUUGGAACUUCAGUCGUGUGUUUCACUUGGAAAACACUGAUUAGAGGCAGUAUUCUUGUAAAUAUAGGUCAAUUCAUUUCAACGAGUUUUUCCUUUAUACAAAGUAUAUGUGAUUAAGAAAAAAUCUGUGGUUGCCAUUAUUUUUUUUUCUCUCUCUCGGUAAUACAACGUCUUCAAAAUUGAGUGGCAGACUUAGCUAGUAGCACUGAAAGUUAUGUUUUUAAAUGUAUAUACAUAUUACUACAAAUGUUUUCUUUUUCAUGUAUAUUUAGACUGUGAAUGCAUGGCCACAGGUCGCUAACCUAUUUUACCUUUGAUAUAUAAAUGUAAAUGUUUUCUCUCUCUCUUUUUUGACUGUAUAGAUAUAAUCUGUGCAUUCAGUACACUAGCCCUUGUAUUUAAAGAAACAACAACAACAACAAAAAAAGGAAAAGAAACGACGUUCAUUAUUAGGCUACAGACUUAAACAGGGUGAGCAGGUUUGGGAAAAAAGGAGUUGAUAUUUUAACUUUAGUGUUAUUGCUCCUUUGGUCUUUGACAGGUGCCGUGGUGUGCGUGAGCGUGUGUGCGCGCGUGUGUGCGUGCGUGCGUGUGUGUGUGUGUGUAUUUG